AUGCACUUAGGUGCAUACUUAGCACAAGGCACUUGCCUAGGGUGGCAUUUUUUCAGGGGGGCAGCACCUCCCCCCAGAAGAAGGGAUGAAAGAAAGGACAUGUGCACCAUGGGAACCAGGUGGGAUCCACGAAAAACUGCAGGCUGCUUGAUGGUGUAUGUAGAGCCUGACUCUCAUUCCUGGGGAUGUCCGAAGCUGUGAAAAUAAGUGUCUUUCCCUCUAUCACCAGGGAGGGAGUAGUGGAAGGCUCUCCCAGGUGGGGGGCAGGGGUGUUGUUGUGUCUGUGGGGGCAGACGAUUUUUGUGUUGCCUAAGGC